AGAGAGAGAGAGAGAGGGAAGGAAGGAGGGAGCGCGUGAGAGAGGGAGAAGGAGAGAAGCCGAGAGAGAAGCGAAAAUGCAACUGCGCCACCGGAGAGCUCUUUCCUUCCCAGGCUCGGCUUGCAAAUGGAGAGCAAAGAGAAGGCAAGGGAGCAUUUGGGGUGGGGGUGGCAACCCCAGAGCCCCCCUUCCUCGCCCCUUUGGCACCAGUUGCAACCCUGAAGUUGGUCGCUUUGGGGGCAGGAAGGAGAUGGAAGAAGAAGAGGAGGAGGAGAUGAUGCAGAUUUUCUGCAAAGACCGUGAUUUGACUGAUCCAGAAGCUGGAGAUGCUUCAAGGUGGAUGGACGGCUCCUGGUAGAAUCAUAGCAUUGGAAGGGCAAUGCUGUUUCGGGUCUGGUUACCUGCCUUUCUGUCUCUGUUUUGCAACUGCUAAGAUCCUCGUUCGGCGAAAUGGCGAUUCUCCCCACUUUUCCUGGAUCAUGGAUUAGGUCCCACGCCAUGGCCGGAGCGUAGCCGUAACCCCCCGCCAGCCGUGCCUCGUGGGCCACAACGCCGCAUGGGUCCGGUGUGGGGGGGGAGUCAGCCCAGAAGAAAUUGGCAGCAGGCGGACCCCCAUUUCGGCCUCACUGAAAUCCCGAUGUGAAAGAUGAUUGGUGGCUACGCGAAAGAGGAGGUUGUGUGAUUGGCCGCCUGCAAGAAAGGAGAGCCAGCGUCAGCCACAAACGUUAUAUGUGGUUGUGACUGGAAGAGAGGCUCAACCAGAGGACACGCAUCCAGUGGAGACUGGGUGGGGGCACCCAUCACUCCGAUCCUGGGGGGGCGGCGGGUGGGGCACCAAGACGCAUCCACUGCGGCAGAAGAGACUGGAUGCAUCGCACAGUGGAGCAGUUGGGGGGCCGUGCUGGACGGGACCCUUUCUCUCUCGGCAGCUUGGGCUGCAACGGAGCCUGGAGUCCGUGCCAUUCCCGCCCAUGGCUCCCGGGCGGCAGGUGCUCCGCCAGCGUGGGUCAGCCCCAGCUGCCCCCGCACCUGCCGCCCAACCAUGGUGCUAACAUGGGGCAGCACAACAAAGGCUACUUCCCUUCAGGGAACCUGCCCCCGAGGCCCCUCCAUGGGAAGCUGGAGGCCAUACAUAGCUGUGUCCAGGCUCUGCUCCGGGACCAGGGCCAGCCGCAGCUCUGGGAACAACUAGGCGAGAUUUACGAGUCGGAGCAGGACUGUGAGGAGGCCAUGCACUGCUAUCAGAACGCGGCCCGGUACCAGCGCGACUAUGGGAGCUAUGGGGAGAUGCACGCCCGGAUUGGACGCCUUCAGCAGGCUCAGUUGUGGAACUUCCACUCCGGUUCAUCUCAUCACCGGUCAAAGGCGUUGCCUCCGCUGCAACAGGUCUGGAACCUCCUGCACCUUGAGAAGAGGAACUUCCCCGGCAAGCGCAACCCCCAGUUGAAGAGGCCUGGGCCCCCCAUGGAGCCCCCCGUGGUCCAGCCGAUCCCACCGGUCCAGCACCCGCCCCACCCGGGCCACGCUGAGGAGAUGCCCACCCCCAUGAAGAGGCGGAGGAGCUCCAGCCCGGACCAGAACGGGAACGGGCUUGGCCACCACCCGCCGGGGCCCGGCAUCCCCGUCAGCCCCCAUUACCAGCUGCCUAAACCGGGACUGUGGAACCCGCUCCACGGAGACUCCUGGGGACAAGAGCGCAAGAACGUGGCUGCCCCAGAGAGACAAGAGCAGAGGAACUCAGUGGCUCACCCCUUCCCGUACCCGUCGCCCGCCUAUGGUUCCCACCCGCCCCCUCACCGCCCUUCGGCUAUGGCGCCCAGCCCUCGCACACCGCCAGCACACCGCCCGCCCCUGGAGAGCCAUGGCUGCCUGGCCCGGCCCAACGGAAGUGACCUUAGAGACAGCCGGGUCCCCCGGGCGCGUCCAGACUCCACCGCCACACCAGCAACCGUUGCCUGCGUGCCUUACGCCCCGCGCCCGACCCCGGGAGGCCCACCCGCCACCAGCAAGACCACCUCGCGAGGGCAACCACCCCUUGACAGCCUUGGGUCUGAUCAUUACCAAACACCGGCACUGGACCAGUCCUGUCCUGCCCAGGAGAGCGGAGGGCGCAAACCACCUCCUCCUCCGCCGCCGCCGCGACCAGCACCCUGCCUUGCCCCCCGCAACAUACCCUGCGCUCGCAUGCCGCCUCCCCCCACCAUCACUAGAGGGCCUCCAGACCCCCCUCCGCCCCCGCCUCCGAUGCCCUGGAUGAAAGGGCCGGCAGCAUUUGGGAGCAAGGCUGGAGAGGAAGAAGCUAACAGCGAUCCUCUGAGUGAUAUUUUGUUCGGAUGCGGGGAGCCCCGCCGGGAGGAACCUCCACUGCUGGCAGCUUGUGAGGCAGGGCGCAGCUUCCAGGAUUCCAGCACCAGCAGCCAGAAGGGGUCUUUCUCCCUCCCCCGAGAAGAGCCUGUGGAGAAGCUCAGCCCCCUGAGAUCAGCUAGCCCUGUGGCCUCUUCACCCCACGAAUUCUGGCUGCCAGAAAGUGGCCAGGAAGAGAAAGGCUCCGGCGGCACCCCACCGCUGACCCCGAGCCCCUCGAUUACCUCAGGAACCUUCCGGUCGCCAGAGAGCCCACCUCAGCCACCAGCGCUGCCCCCGCAGCCCCCGUCAUCACCCCCGCAGCCGCCCCGGGCCUCCUAUCCAAAGACACCUGAGCCGCCCGAGGUGCCUCCAGCCCCAAAGGCCGUGCCAGAACGCCUCUUCGGCUUCGCCAGCCCGCCACUGGAGCACCAGUUCGAGGAGCCCCCCGAAUUCUCCAAGAUCCUACCGGAUGGCCUGGCAAACAUCAUGAAGAUGCUGGAUGAGUCAAUCCGGCGCGGGGAGGAGGAACGUGAAGAGAGCUUCCCGCCUCCACCGCCGCCUGCCCCGCUUCUGCCAAGCCCCCCGCCUUUGGCCAGGCCGAAGCCACCACCCUCAUCGUCCUCCUCCUCCUUCGAUUACCCCAAACCCUCCGGGCAGGAUCCACCCGAGCCUCCAUGCCUGUACCGCUUCGGCAAACGUGAUGCAGAGGAGAGACCACCUCCGGCAGCAGUGGCAACGGCGGCAACAGGAGGAGGAGGCGGUAGUAGUAGUAGUAGUGGAGGAGGAGGCAGCGGCAAGUUCCCUCACCACAGCACUGCCUCUCUGCUGAAGUCUUUGGCCAACGUGCUGGAAGGGCAGAAGCACUCCUAUCGGCCAAAACCUCUGACCCCACCAGGUGCUAAGAUGCCUCCUCUGGCUGCUGCCAGCCAGAGCACUGUGCCGCAUUUCUCUACCUCAAGCCAACCCUGGGUCGGAGGAACUGGGACGGCGGGGGAGCGGGUGACCACCCCUCCGCCCCCACUCCCAACCCGGCCAAUCAAGACAGAGUCAGAGGUGCUAGAAGAAAUCAGUCGAGCGUGCGAGACUCUCGUGGAGCGAGCAGAGAGGGAGAAAACCCCUCCACCACCCGCCACCCCACCGCCGCCGCCACUGCCCUCACCUCCCCCUACUCCUCCCCCUCCUCCUUCUCCUUCUCCUGUGCCCCCUCCUCCUGUCAGAGCCCCCACACCACCGCCCCCUCCUGCUCCUCCCACCCCGCGGCCCAAGGAUGAGUCCCGGAAACGGGACCGCGAGCACCGUCGACACCGCCGUUCCGGCAAGGACGGGUCCCGACGGCACCGUGAAGGCAAGGCCCACAAAGAGAAAAACCGCCAGAUCCUGGGAAGCUUAGAUGUCCAGAGCUCAGAGAGCCAGGCACGGGAGAACGGCGCCAAGCCGCCACCACCUCCCCCGCUAUUGCCGUCUCUGCCAUUGCCGCCACCACCGGUCCCCCAACCCGAGCGGAAGCCCACCAUCAAGAAAGAAGAGGGGGUGAUCAGCACCACAGGCUCCACGGUCGUGUGCUCGGCUGACCUGCUCAAGCUGCGCUCCUUAACUGAAGGGCCUCCGAAAGAGCUGAAGAUCCGCCUCAUCAAAGUGGAGAGUGGCGACAAGGAGACCUUCAUCGCCUCCGAGGUGGAGGAACGCCGGAUCCCCAUGGGGGAACUCACCAUCAACCAUUCGGCUGCGGAAGUGGUGCGGGCCUGCAAGCAUGCCAAGGUAAAAGGGAAAUUCAAGGAGUCUUACCUGUCGCUCAGCAACUCCGUCAAACCUCAGAUCAACAUGGACGAGAAGCUCCCGCGGGAUAAACUCAACCCCCCGACCCCAAGCAUCUAUCUGGAGAGCAAGCGGGACGCUUUCUCUCCCGUCCUCCUGCAGUUCUGCACGGACCCCAAGAACCCCAUCACUGUCAUCCGGGGUUUGGCGGGAUCACUCCGUCUCAACCUGGGCCUCUUCAGCACAAAGACCCUGGUGGAGGCCAGCGGAGAGCACACUGUCGAAGUCCGCACGCAGGUGCAGCAGCCGUCGGACGAGAACUGGGACCCCUCGGGGACGAAGCAAGUCUGGCCCUGCGAGAGCAGCCGGUCGCACACCACCAUCGCCAAGUACGCCCAGUACCAAGCGGCCUCUUUCCAGGAGUCACUUCAGGAAGACAAAGAAACUGAUGAUGAGGAGACGGAUGAGCCUGACAGCACAACGGAGACACCGCCGCCAAGCAACCCUGACCAGAAACCGCACCAUAUUAUCAAAUUUGGGACCAACAUCGACCUCUCGGAUGCCAAGCGGUGGAAACCACAGCUGCAAGAGCUGCUGAAGUUGCCAGCUUUCAUGCGGGUCACAUCGACAGGAAACAUGCUCAGCCAUGUGGGGCAUACCAUCCUAGGCAUGAACACGGUGCAGCUCUACAUGAAAGUGCCCGGCAGCCGCACGCCAGGUCACCAGGAGAACAACAACUUCUGCUCUGUGAACAUCAACAUUGGGCCGGGAGACUGCGAGUGGUUUGCUGUCCAUGAGCAUUAUUGGCAGAACAUCAGCGCCUUCUGUGACAGGCAUGGUGUGGACUACCUAACUGGCUCGUGGUGGCCCAUCCUGGAGGACCUUUACCAGUCCAACAUCCCCGUUUACCGCUUCAUCCAGCGGCCCGGGGACCUUGUGUGGAUCAAUGCAGGGACAGUGCACUGGGUUCAGGCCACCGGGUGGUGCAACAACAUCGCCUGGAAUGUCGGCCCACUGACAGCGUACCAGUACCAGUUGGCGCUGGAGCGCUACGAGUGGAACGAAAUCAAGAACGUGAAGUCCAUUGUGCCCAUGAUCCAUGUCUCUUGGAAUGUGGCCCGCACGGUCAAGAUCAGCGACUCCGACUUGUACAAAAUGAUCAAGUAUUGUCUGAUGCAGUCAAUAAAGCACUGUCAGGUCCAGCGCGAGAGCCUGGUGCGGUCCGGGAAGAAGAUCGCCUACCAGGGCCGGGUGAAGGACGAGCCGGCCUACUACUGCAAUGAGUGUGACGUGGAGGUGUUCAAUAUCCUCUUCGUGACGAGCGAGAAUGGGAGCAAGAACUCCUACCUGGUGCACUGCGAGGCCUGCGCCCGCAAGCGCAACUCCUCCCUCCACGGCGUAGUGGUGCUGGAGCAGUACAAGACGGAGGAGUUGAUACACAUCUACGACAGCUUCACCCUGGCUACAUCGCCCAGCUCCAGAUGAGCCAUACCCUGCCCGGACACAGCCAGCGGUCUGGGCUCCUUUUUCCUCCCGGCCGGCCGGCCAGCGAGCAGCUCCUCUGCCCUUUGCCCAGCGGCAGCAGCAGCAGCAGCGUUGGGGGUGAGGCGGAGGGGUCCCUCCAGCCUGCCCCCUUCUUCUCCCCUUCUUCCUUCCCUCCCUCCCUCCUUUCAGAGCAGCUGAGCCUCCAACCUCCACUCACUCACCCUUCUCUCUCUUGGGCUGGAGUGACACAACAGAACCGGAAUAACCCAGACGUUCCAACCAUGGACCCCUUUUUAAUUUAUUCUUCUUCUUUUUUUGAGAUGAACUCUUUUUUUUCUUCUCCCCCUCUGUGGGUGGUGCUGAUUUUGUAUUAAAAGAGAAAAAAAACAAUUAUAGAAAAAAUAAUAAGGGCAGCAAAAAUUGAUUGGAAAGGCAAUGGGUGUUUUCUCUCCCUCCCGUCGGUCGGUUCCGCGUGGGACUCCUCCGCCUCCGUCUGUCCGUCCGUCGUGCCUGGUUUUCCCCUCGGACUGCAACGCAUCAGGAGCUCCCGAGGCACAGAUGACCAGGAGGCGGCGGAAGGAAGGCUUUCUUUCACAAGAGCAUUAAUUUCCCCUUUUCUCUCUGAUUCCUCCUCCUUGGACUGGGGAGAGCAAAACGUGUGGAACAGAGAGAUGGAUUCCUUGGCGGGGGGUGUGUGUGGUUUGGUUUGGUUUCUUUUCGAUUGCAUUUCUUUUCCUCGUUGGAACUUUUUUUAGAAAGGAAAAAAAGAGAGUUUUUGGAAAACACAGAACGCAAGCAAGCAAGCAAGCAAAAAAAUUUAAUACGGGUUUCUUAACACAGGACUUUUAUGGGUUCAGUUCUCUCUGGGCGAACUUCUCACUUGGGAGGCGGGAGAAGUGUGUACAUGGAUUUAUAUAUAUCGGGCGGGGUGGGGAAGGGAGACCUGUUGCGCGUGUGGUUUUUAAUUAUUCCGAUGGACAUUUUGAUUUCUUACAUCCUUUUAUAUAUUAUAUAUAUAAAUAUAAGGGAAAAAAGUUUCCUGGUUUGUAUUAGAAACUGCUUUUAAAAAACAAAAACAGAAAACUCAACAAAAAAUAUUAUUAUAUUAUACACACACAGACACAGAGACACGGAAGUCCGGUCGAAAGGUUUGGCGCGAUGAGUUUGGGAUGGCAAAAGGCCCAGCCCCGUGCGAAGGAUAUGGUGCUUGCCCCAAAUAUAGACACACGGGUAGAUGGGAGAACUGGUUUGCAAAAAAGGGGGAGCGACCUGUGGGGUCUGCUCCUCCUCCUGUCCCUCUUCUGCCGCUCGAUUCCCCCCUUCGUGCCAUUUGGGGAAGGGGCAAACUAACCGCGGACCCUUAACGCUCUAUUUAACUUUCACCCUCCUGAUCUAACGAAAGACACCCUCAAAUGUUUCCUCUUUAGCGGAUUACCUGAUUUAAACCUUAAUUCCUAAACCAUUUUUUAACCUUCUUCCUCGAGGAAGAAGCCUCCCCUCCCUUCCCCUCGUUCUGCAUGCUUUUUAGCUCCCAGUUCAUUUUACAAACAAAUGUCGCAGAUUUGGGGUAAUUUUCGUUUUCUUUUUUUUUCCUCUUUCAAAAUAACGCGUACCUCCAUGCCUCAGAAUUGUUUUGCAAUUUGUAAAUGUUCAGUGUCUUAUCUCUCUUUUUUCAGUCUCGCUCUCUCUUUUUUUAAUUUAUAUGUCUUUUUUUGGUAAUGAUUUCUCUAUUUAUUGGUCCUUUAAUGGGGUUUGAUCCAGCUUUUUUUUAAAAAAAGAAAGAAAUAACUUUUUACAAUGUUAAUGUAUCUCUGUUUUUAAGUGUCUCCUCUUUUUUGUUGUCGUUCCUUCUACUCUGGAAUUUUUAUUGAAUUUCUAAAUGUUUUAUUAUUAUUUUUGUCUUGUAACAUUUUCCUUAACAUGAUGGUGCUCAGUUUUCUAGCCGGGGAAGGAGGCAAGCCAAGCUUCGCCCCGGUUCAUCUGUUGAUUUCCAUUUCGAGCAGAGCUUCUCCCGGCCCGACAUUGUAAAAACCUCUUCCUUCUGAAACCUGCACUUUUGAAUUCCCGAAUUCCCGAAUCCCCGGCCCCUCCUUCCCGACACAAACACACUGUAAUAGAAACAGACGACCAUCUAGCUACUCUGGAAACAAAGAUACACAGAAAUGGAUUCUUAUUGUACUGUAGGGGACAAGGAGAAAGCAAAUCUUAUUUUGUAAAUGUAAAAAAAAAAAUUAAAUUAACUCACAGAGAUAAAAGAAA